CUUUAUUUAUCUUUUUAUACUUAAUGCAUAUACCGUCUGUAGUCAAUCGAUAGCAACUGCGAAAUGGCACGUUGAUAGGUGCAACAAUGCGUACUAGACUUGGAAGAGACAUUCAUGCAUUCCUGGGAAUUCCCUAUGCUGCGACGCCGAGAGACCUCAGAUUUGAGCCACCGCAACCUGCGGCCGCCUGGAGCGGCGUAAGAGCGGCUGUGGAAAAUGCGGAGAUAUGCACGCAGCGGAACAUCUACACGUAUCAAAAAGAGGUCGUCGGCGACGAGGACUGUCUUUAUCUGAACGUUUACACGCCGCGCGUUUUCGACGCGCCGUCGUCGAUCGCUCAUCGAUAUCCGGUCAUGAUCUGGUUCCACGGUGGCGGAUGGCUCACCGGGGCCGGCCACUCCGAAUUUUACGGGCCCAAGUUUCUGCUGGAUCACGAUCUUGUCCUCGUCACCGUCAACUUUCGACUUGGACCGCUGGGCUUCUUGAGUACAGAGGAUCUGGAAUGUCCGGGGAAUCUUGGAUUGAAGGAUCAGCUGCAAGCCAUGCGAUGGGUGCAGGAGAAUAUCAUUUCUUUUGGCGGUGAUCCGAACAGAGUGACUCUCUUCGGAGAAAGUGCAGGAGGCGCAAGUGUUCACUAUCAUAUGGUCAGUCCUCUUUCAGAAGGUCUUUUCCAUCGCGGUAUCUCGCAAAGCGGUAACUUCUACAAUCCGUGGACUUUAACGCCACCGGGAGCUGCCAGAAAGAAGGCCAUCAUCCUCGGUAAAAACUUAGCAUGCAACACCGAAAAUUCUGCAGAACUUAUCAAAUGUCUGCGAACGAAAGACGCAAAGAAAAUUAUUGCUUCCGAUCGUCUUUACCAGCACUUUGGUUAUUGUCCAAUGAUACCCUUCAAACCAGUGAUCGAACCCAGACACGCUGGUGCCUUUAUGGCAGAGGAUCCAAUAAUUUCCGCGCGACAAGGCCGUCUAGCUGACACACCUUGGAUGACAGGAAUUACCUCAGAAGAAGGAACCCUUAAAGUAGCAGGUAUUUACGGACGAGAUCAGGGCAAACAUGUGAAGGAGUUGAAUAACGAUUUCCACAAUGUUGCACCUCUCAGUUUAUUCUACGAAGAGCGAUAUCGUAUUGUAGAUACGCAAUUUCGAGAUGAAAUAAGCACUAGUAUUCGCGAAUUUUACUUCGGCAAUAAGGACAUCGAUCAAUCUGACGAAGCUAGAUUCAAAGUCAUCGAUAUGUACAGCGACGCGUGGUUUAAUCACGGCACUCAUGAAGCUAUCAAAGACUUUAUUGUGAAUCAAACUUCACCGGCCUAUUAUUAUUACUUCGCGUAUAGAGGAAGCGCGUCUUUCAGCACGAUAUUCGGCGAUAAAAAGAAAAAUUAUGGAGUGUCGCACGCAGACGAGCUGCAGUAUUUGUUCCCUGUGGGUGAACAAUUGUUCAAGGAUAUAGAAUUGUCCAAGGAGGAUCACGAGAUAAUCAAUAUCAUGACCGAACUCUGGUACAAUUUCGCAAAUUCCGGAAAUCCAACGCCAAAAGUUACGAAGUUAAUUCCCAUAAAGUGGAAGCCGGUAAAAACGAAUUAUUCACUAGAAUCUAUACAUAAAAAUUCAACUAAGGUACUUAUGGAAAGCAAUCUUCUUUCGGAAAGAAUGGCAUUUUGGGAUCAGCUGACACAUCGGAUGAAGAUUCAUGGUGCGAAUUUUAGAGAUUUUAAGGACGAAUUGUAAAUCACAGUUGUAAUUUACAUUUUUAGUCGUGUGUGAAAACUUUUAGUAAUUGCAAGAAUUUCAAAAUGC